AUGAGUUCCCCAUCUGAUAAAAGCGCAUCAAACUCGCAACAGGAGGGAGAUAAACCAAAGCCUUGCUGCGUGUGCAAGCCUGAAAAAGAAGCUAGAGACACAUGUUUGCUUUUCAACGGACAAGACUCUGGGAAGUGCGACGAACUGAUUGGCAAGUACAAAAAAUGCAUGCAAAGCUACGGCUUUACCGUUUAG